AUGUCGAAUGACAGGCCCGUUCUAGUUUGGAUGAUCUUCAAUCAUCAAUCCCUUGCCCUCCUCGCUCCCCACCCUGUCCCUUCUUUUGUUAGUUGGUCUCCUCCCCCUGUUAGGUUCUGUAAACUCAACUUUGAUGGCUCUGCUCCUAAUAAUUUGUCUAUGGCUGGUGUGGUUCUAAGAGAUGAUCUUGACAAUCACAUUCCUAGUCGUACUUAUAAUUUAGGCUCCUGUCCUGCCUUUUUAGCGAUAGUCAUUGCUCUUCGUAACGGAUUAUUGCUAGCUAGGGCUCACAAUAUUUCCCAUAUAUUUAUCGAAGGUGAUAAUCUAAUGGUAAUCAAUAUUUUGCAAGGUCAUUUCAAGUGUCCUUGGAAGCUACAUUUGCUUAUGAACGAUAUCAAGAAAAUUUUGGAGUCUUUUUCAACCUUUCACUCCCAUCAUAUUUAUCGUGAAGGAAAUUGA